AUGGAUAUCGUCCUAGAAAUCGUCGACACCCUCGUACUUGACCGCGUCUACGCCACAUUAUUACCUGCCAGUCCAUCGUCCUACCUCCAACAGAAAUUCAACAAUGUGGCGACCUCGACUUUCUCGAGUAUACGGGAAAACGCGACCUCUGCGCCGCAAUAUUCAUACAUCUAUGAACCCGCCUCGCGGUUUGUCAAUUUGAAACCGACCGAGUGGACCUACAGCAGCUCGUGGCCUCGCGACAACAUUUUCCGACAAGGCAUUAGCCUGUUCUUUAUAGUCUGGUUCUUUGGACUUGUUCUCUACUUCCUAUGCGCCUCGCUUUCGUACGUCUUCGUCUUCGACAAAACCACCUUCCAACAUCCGAAAUACCUGAAGAAUCAGGUCCGGAUGGAAAUCAGCCAGGCCAAUCGCGCCAUGCCGCUCAUGUCCCUGUUAACCGCACUUUGCAUGCUUGCAGAAGUGCGCGGCUACUCUAAACUCUAUGACCUCCCCAGUGAGGCCCCUUUCGGAUGGUACAACGUCCUUCAGUUCCCUUUCUUCGUUCUCUUCACCGACUUCUGCAUCUACUGGAUCCAUCGCGGCCUCCACCACCCGCUGGUCUACAAAAGGCUCCACAAGCCACAUCACAAAUGGAUCGUGCCUACGCCUUAUGCUUCGCACGCGUUCCACCCUCUCGACGGCUUUGCACAGUCUACGCCGUACCAUAUCUUCCCCUUCCUGUUCCCGUUGCAAAAGUUCGCCUACAUCGCUCUUUUCGCCUUCAUCAACAUCUGGACCAUCUUCAUCCACGACGGCGAGUACUACGCCAACUCUCCCUUGAUCAAUGGAGCUGCUUGUCAUACGAUGCAUCAUCUUUUUUUCUCUGUGAACUACGGCCAAUUCACCACGCUGUGGGAUCGACUGGGUGGAAGUUAUCGGAAGCCGAAUGAUGAGUUGUUCAAGCGCGAGACGAAGAUGGGGAAGAAGGAAUGGGAAAAGCAGAGUCGAGAAAUGGAAGAGAUCGUGAAAGAGGUCGAGGGCAAGGACGACAGGGGGUAUUUGGCCGAGGACGAGAAAAAGGUACAGUAA